GGAGGAGGUAGAGCCGCGGCAGAAGAAGAAGUAGAAUAAUGGAGGAAAUGGUUGAUAAUUAACUUUAGCUGAAUGUCACCAAACAGGAAAAGUGGGAGCUGAAAGACAGGCGCAGCGGAGCACCAGCUGAAACAGUGGCAGUAACGCAGCCAGUUCUGUUUGCCAACAUGUUGUCUGACGGCGGAUCGUUCAUGAAGGGGAUGGUCCUGGGUGCCCUCUUCUGCCUGGUGGCGUCGCUCCUGAGUAGUUUUAGUCCCAGCAAUGAAUCCGAGACAGCCGAUCAUCACCACCACCACCACCACCAUGUUCAAGCCCCAAGUAAAGAUGAGCUCAAGCUCUUGUCUGACAGUCAAUUGCAGGCAUUGACCAACCAAGUGCGAGUCUACUGUGUCAUCAUGGUGCAGCCAAAGAACCUGGUUCACUGGGCUGCUGCCAUUGACACGUGGAGCAAACACUGCGACAAGUCUAUGUUUUACACGUCAGAGGCCUCCAAGGCACUCGAGGCAUUAGAUUUAGAGGAAAAAGAUGACUGGGCGAGGUUGCGAAAAGCUCUAAAGCACGCUUACGAGAACGCCGGCGACCUGCGCUGGUUCUUUGUGGCAAAGCCCACCACAUUUGCCAUCAUCGAGAACCUCAAGUAUCUGGUCCUCACGAAGGAUCCCAGUGAACCGUUCUAUCUGGGCAACGCCAUGAAGUCAGGCGAGCUGGAGUACGUGGCGUAUGACAGCGGCAUCGUCCUGAGCUACGAAGCUCUGAGGAGGCUGGUGGACGUGUUCAACGAUGAAGACAAGUGUCCAGAGAGAGGCCGCGCGCUGUGGAAGCUGAGUGAGGACAAGCAGCUGGCCGUGUGCCUCAAAUACACCGGCGUGUUCGCCGAGAACGGAGAAGACGCCGAGGGAAAGCGUGUGUUCAACAGCCAGUCUCUGACCACCUUGAUAACAAACAGCAUGAAUGAGAAUCCCACCAAUGUCGUGGAGGGCUGCUGCUCCGACUUGGCGGUUACCUUCAACGGUCUGUCCCCGAAUCAGAUGCAGGUCAUGAUGUACGGCGUUUACAGACUCCGUCCUUACGGCCACGUCUUUCAUGACAUGCUAACAUUUUACCCUCCAGAGAACUCAGAAAAUGAUUAAGAGACUCAUUCCCUCAAUCUAGAUGUUUUGUUUUUUGAAUGUUUUUGCUUCUAUGAUGGCAAACUUAACUCUGGGGAGAUGGUUUUCUUAAGAUAUUUGUAAGAAAUGGAUCCUGGGUGGGAAAACAAUUUUAUGUAUAUUUCUACUUUUUUGCACUUAACACAAUCCGACCCCAUUCCUUUGUGGCGUAGGUGGACCGAGCUAAAUGGUGUAUCAAACUGUGACUGCAGACAAAGAGGGGCAAUACAUCAAACUUGUGACACAAGCCGUGAUUAUUUGCAAGUUUUGGUCAUUGUAAUAUUAAGUGUAUGAAAUGUAUUUUUGUGCUCUUUAAAAGCUGCGUUUGAGUCAUUAAGUGAUAACAGUUACUGGAAUUAUUUUCCUGUUGAAUGCCUAAACACUCUCUCCACCCUCUGAUUUAAAGAUUGUACUGAAGCGUCAUCAAUCUGUAUCGAGUUGACCAAAUUAAGGCCCCAUUAAGCUCUGACUGAGCUGCAUCUGUGAUCAUGAUGCUUCAGUAUUUCCCUGUAUGAAGAAUCAACCCUCAGUACCUCGUGGUUAAAGGUUUACAAAAUGGCAUUUUGGGAUAAUUUCAAAACUGGGAAGAGUGGCUUUUGGAUAGACAAUAAAAAUACAU